AUGGCAUGCCACACCGCAGCCCGCCGCGCCCUGGUAGCACUGUCGCUAUUCCUGACCUAUAUGUUUAUGGUUGACUUUAGUAAACAAAUCUCCGAUGAUGAUCUGGCAGUUCUUGACCAAUUUUAUGAAUGGGCCAGGGACCUCCCCUCGGCCAAACUCGAUCUCAUCGUAUACCUUCGUUGCCCUGCCGAAGUUUGCGCCGAGCGUAUCCGAAUGCGGGAUCGUCCCGGAGAACAGAAGGCUAUCUCAAUGGAAUAUCUGCAACAACUGCACGACCUUUAUGAGAAGUUGUUCCUUGCAGGCAGAAGUGACAAAUGUCCAGUUCCAGUUCUGGUAAGUUUAUGCGCAGCUCUGGCUGUUUGA